AUGAAACAGAUGGAACUCAGCGGUAUAUAUUUUAUUUUAAAGAUUAUUCUUAUCUUGCCGGUAAGGACUGCCAUUUAUUGCUAUAAUGUGUGGUAUAAUUAUUCAAGAAAAAUCACACCUUCAUUCGUUAGAAGAAUACUUAUGAGAGAGGCAUUUUUACUGGGUGAUUAUUCUACAUGUCGAAUAGUUAUUAAUCCUGUCUUCGAAUUCAUAGAUUCAUUUUUUUUAGAUACCUACCAAGAAAUUAGUGGAUAUGUGACUGAAAAAGAUCAUGAACUACUAAGGCCUCGAUUGAAGGAAAAUUCGAUAUUUUUAAGUAGGGAAAAUUGUAUAAGGACUAAAUAUGUGUGGUACUCGAAGCCGGAUGAUUUUGAUAAUGCCAGAGAUCCCAUAUUGAUAUUUUCACACGGUGGUGGCUUUGCUAUAAAACUAGUGCCUUUGUCAUUUAACUUCCUUAAUAAUAUGUCGAAACAUUUCCCUAGAAUGGGUAUAAUUAUUCAUGAUUACACCGUCACAGCUUCAAAGGAAGGUGAACAUCCUUUACAAUUGCUCGAGACAGUUUUAUUAUAUAAUUACGUGACCCAAGAUUUAAAUUGUGAGCAUGUAAUUUUAAUGGGUGAAUCAGCUGGUGGUAAUAUUGUUCUUGGUACGCUACAAUUUUUACAACAAAGUAAUAGAAAAUUACCAGAGAAAGCUAUAGUUCUAAGUCCAUGGUGUAAUCCAACAUCUGAUUCAAUGGACAGUGGAAUAAGAAAUAGUUUGGCUUAUUCUGUAAAUAAAAUGAUGGACGGGUUAUCUUUUGAAGGUUUGGACAUAUUUACCCAGUUAUUAUUACCACAGUCAUAUGUAUUCGAUGAUGACCCUAUGCUAAAUGUAGAGCAAAAUUUUGAUUCUAUAAACUGGACUAAUGUUCUUCCAAGAACCAAAUUGUUAAUAGUAUACGGCACAGAUGAAAUAUUGCAACAUGAGAUUAAAAAUUUUAUCAAAAAGUUAGAUAGUACGAAUUCUAAUAACUUCAAUAUAUCUUACAAUGUCUUUGUAGAAGAGAAUGGAGCUCAUAUCGAACCAGUGCUUAAUAUGACAUUAAAUUUAGAAAAAUGGUCUCGUCUACCCGCCAUAUCUAAGAUCUUGGAAUUCAUAGGAAGUGAGUAG